AUGGAGAUUGAGUUGGUCUUAGAAGAUGAAGUUGAGAAGGGUGAUGUAAAAGAAGAAGACGAGCUAACACAGGCGAAUGACAAAGUGAGACAGGAGUUUGAAGACAGCUUUUAUUCGCUGAAGGCAGACCUGGUGGCCUUCAAAACGGUGAGUUCCAGUGCAUCGGCGGGUGCUACAGGUCAACAGCUGGACUUGCAACCGGCAUCCCAGUUUGCAAAGGUGAAACUCCCCGAGAUCAAGCUGCCAUCGUUUAGUGGGAAGAUUCACGACUGGGUGCCAUACCGUGACAGCUUCCGAAGCCUUAUCCACGAUAAUUCUCUGCUUUCGGAUGUUGAUCGUUUCACCUAUCUCCGGUCUUCUUUAGCUGGCGACGCUCUGCAGGAAGUGAGUUCCAUUGACUUGUCUGCGGCCAAUUAUGCGGUAGCAUGGAAAUCGCUCGAGAGUCGGUACGAGAACAAGAAGCUAAUUGUCAAGGCACAUCUCGAUGCACUCUUCGCGGUGGAGAGUCUCAAGAAGGAGAGCUAUGGGGGACUCAACCAACUAAUAGGUGACUUCGAGAAGAACCUGCAGAUGCUUGAGAAGAUCGGAGAGAAGCCAUCGGAUUGGAGCACCAUUCUGGCUUACAUGGUGUGUACCAGAUUGGACUUGGCGACUUUACGGCAAUGGGAAACCCACCACAACAGCAAGGAAGUGGCAAAGUACAGAGACUUGAUGGACUUCCUGAAGAGCCACUGCUCUGUAUUGCAGUCUGUGGCGCCAGUCGAUCCCGUCAGUUCCAACCAGCAACGAUUGUCUCGUCCGGCAAUUUGCCAUACAACGGUUAAAUCGACGGCGAAAUGCUGGUUUUGCAGCGAACCGCGCCAUUCCGUGUUCCAGUGUGUCAGAUUCCAGCGUAUGAGCGUGUCAGAAAGAAUUGAGGCUGCCAACAGAAACAAGCUCUGUCGGAAUUGUUUGUAUCCGGGACAUUUUGCCAGAACCUGCGAGAAGGGAACGUGUCGUCAGUGUCGUCAGAAGCAUCACACACUGCUGCAUACUGAACAGUCUAGAUCCUCCGAUCCACCCACGCAGUCAAGACCUCCGACAGUCAACCAACAACACAGACAGCCACAACAGCGAUUUACACCACCGAACCAACAUACUCGGACUGCUAACACUGCCAAUACACAAGACUCACACACACAGCCAGCCACAGAACACGCCACCACAAGCCAAACACAUGUAGCCCUACCCGUAACACCGACACAAAACAUAGUUUUAUCCACCGCCUUGGUCAGCAUUAGAGACCGCUACGGCAGAUCCGUGCUAGCACGAGCGCUGCUGGAUUCGUGCUCGCAGCACUGUCUAAUGACAUCAAGUUUCGCUAGCAAACUCAAGCUAGACGAAAUGCCAGUCUAUUUGGCGAUUCAAGGAAUUGGACCGUCUCAAAUUGUUUCCACCAGGCUGGUUACCGCCGUAGUCAGUCCAAGAUCGCCGAAUAUUUCGUCAUUCGCCGAAGAGAUGCAGUUUCACGUGCUGCCGAAGCUAACCGUGUCUUUGCCUACGACAAGCUUCUCUAUCGAAAGCUGGAAUUUCCCGGAUUCGGCACUCCUUGCGGAUCCCAUGUUUUUCGAAACAGGACCAAUUGACCUCAUCAUCGGAGCAGAAUACUACAUGGAGCUGCUGAAGGAAGAAAGGCGAAAGGUUACGAAUGAAGGUCCGAGUAUGCAAGACACCGUGUUUGGAUGGAUUGUUUCUGGUCGUAUUCCUGAUGUUGGUGCUGCGUACUCUGUAGUUCACAUUUGUUCAACGGCGGAGAUACAAGAACAGCUUUCAAGGUUCUGGGAAGUGGAAGCUUGUCAUUCAGCCAGUACAUUUUCGGUCGAGGAGUCGGCCUGUGAAGAAUUUUACGACAGAACAACGUUCAGAAACGAAGAAGGGAGGUACGUAGUCACGCUGCCGAAAAAAGAAGGAGUAAUCCAGCAAUUAGGCGAAUCAAAAUCAACAGCAGUCAAGCGUUUCAUGGGAAUGGAGCGGAGGUUCGCAAAUAAUCCGGAGCUGAAGGCGCAGUACGCGGAGUUCAUGAGCGAUUACUUGUCUAUGGGUCACAUGCGAGAGCUUUCCGAGGAAGAAACAAGUGCGUCGUCUUAUUACUUGCCUCAUCAUGCUGUUAUGAAGCCGGACAGCACUACGACAAAGCUACGAGUCGUGUUCGAUGCAUCAUGCCGGACAUCUAGCGGAAUUUCUCUGAAUGAUGCUCUGAUGGUGGGACCCGUUGUUCAGGACAUGAUUGUGGACAUCGCACUCCGCUUUCGAACACACCGAUUUGCUCUCGUAGGAGACGUUGCCAAAAUGUAUCGUAUGAUACUGUUGAAUCCAGCCGACCAGCAGCUGCAGAAGAUCGUUUGGAGAGAUAGUUCAGAGGAGCCGAUUCGAACAUUCGGUCUCGUUACGGUUACGUACGGUACGGCAUCAGCUCCAUACUUAGCCACAAAGUGUCUUCAGCGCCUGUCAGACGAAGGCCAAGGUGCGUACCCCAAAGCUGCAAAGAUCCUCAGAAAGGAUUUUUACGUGGAUGACAUGCUGUCUGGUGUAGACGACAUUGAAGAAGGGAAAGAGCUCAUCGAUCAGAUGAUUGAACUGCUGCAGUCUGCUGGAUUCUCUCUGCGAAAGUGGAAUUCAAACAGCAAAGAAUUGCUGUCAGCGGUGCCGGAGGAAUUGAGAGACGAGCGGUCGAUUUUGGAAUUGGAUUCAUCGACCGCUGCAGUGAAAACUCUAGGUUUGACCUGGGAGCCCAGCACCGACUGCUUCCGAUUUAGUUCGCCAGAAUGGGAUGAGUCUGCAGAAAUCACAAAGAGAAGCGCCCUGUCGGAAGCGUCCCGACUAUUCGACCCGCUGGGGCUAGUAGGUCCGGUCAUCGUUCAAGCAAAGAUUUUUCUGCAGGAGCUCUGGAAACAUGACUGCGAGUGGGACGAUCCUUUGAACGUACAAUUACAAGAGCAGUGGCGUGAGUACAGGCGGAACUUGGUAGGUCUAGCCGAAAUCGCUGUCCCGCGGUGGGUAGGUACUAGUUACAGCAACAAGUUCGUUGAGCUCCACGGCUUCUGCGACGCUUCAAUUAAGGCCUAUGGUGCUUGCAUAUACAUCCGCACUAUAGCAGCAGACGGAAGCGUACACGUACAUCUGCUGACCUCCAAAUCGCGAGUAGCUCCGCUCGAGAAUUUGAAGAAAAACAAGAAGUCACUGUCCAUUCCCCGUCUAGAGCUGUCGUCGGCGCUACUACUGGCACACCUGUACGAAAAGGUCACCAAAAACAUCCACAUUGUCGCUAGGUGCUACUUCUGGACCGAUUCAACUAUUGUCGUAUGCUGGCUGUCAUCGUCGCCAUCAAGAUGGAAGCAGUUCGUAGCAAAUCGCGUCUCCGAAAUCCAGCACGUUACGAAAGGGAGUAACUGGAACCACGUUGCUGGAGAAGACAAUCCUGCGGACAUAAUUUCCCGUGGCAUGUCGCCGACACAACUGCAAUACGAAUCGCGCUGGUUCCACGGACCGAAUUGGCUAAUGCUGGAUCGACAAUACUGGCCCGAUUCCAAGAAAAUCGACGAAAGCAGCAUCGCCAAGGCAGAUUUAGAAGAAAAAGCUGUCGUCGCUGUCCUUCCUGCUAUUACACCAAGCGAGGUAUUCGGUAUCCGUUCAUCGCUGGUAGAUCUGGUUCGGCUAACAGUCUACCUCCGUCGAUUUAAAUGGAAUUCAUCACCAGCAAACCGAUCAAAUAAGAAAGUCGGGCACAUUACUUCCCAGGAGUACAACGAAGCGCUCAAGGUGUUAGUGAAGCAAUGUCAGCGAGAAAGUUUCCCACGGGAGUUUGCAGACAUCGCCAAGUACGGUCAGGUUCAAGAUUCAUCCAGAAUUGCUGGACUAAACCCGCAACUUCUCCACGGUAUGUUGUGUGUUGGCGGCCGGUUGAAAAAUGCAGCUGUAUCAGACAGUCGGAAACAUCCGUACAUUCUUGAUCACCAUCAUCCCUUCACAAGACUCAUAGUAGUUUACUACCAUCGAAAAUACUUUCACGCUGGUCAGCAGCAGAUUGUUUCGGCAGUUCGAGAACAGUUCUGGCCCACGAGUGUCAGGAACCUUGUAAGACAGGUGGUUCAUGAAUGUGUCCAAUGCUUCCGUGUGAAGCCUAAAAUUCAGGACCAACUAAUGGCUGAUUUACCUCCAGAGCGGGUGCGGCCAUGUUCCCCUUUUCAAAAGGUUGGAGUCGACUACUGUGGUCCCUUCUAUGUGUUCUAUCCGCAACGGCGAGCCCGAGCAAUCAAGUGUUUCGUGGCAGUGCGGAAGCUGGAUGAGCUUGCCCAGCUGUUCACUAGCCAGCAAUUCUCGGAAGCAGUCUUACACCAAACAGCAGAGGACAGAAUCGAAUUCCGCUUCAUUCCAGCCCGAUCACCAAAUUUUGGAGGGCUGUGGGAAUCAGCAGUGAAGUCGUUCAAGAACUUGUUCAAGCGAACGAUUGGUACACGCACGUUGGAGUAUGACAAGAUGCUAACAGUGCUAACUCAGACGGAGGCAAUCUUGAAUUCAAGACCGUUGACCCCGAUCAGCAACGAUCCCGAUGAUUUUGAGGCUCUCACGCCAGGACACUUCCUAAUUCAGCGGCCACUGGCGGCCAUUCCGGAGCCCGAUCUUGGUGGCAUUCCGGACAACAGGAUCUCGGCUUGGGAAAGGGUGAGAGGUUUCACCCAGCAAUUGUGGAAAAAGUGGUCGAAGCAAUACCUGUCCAAUCUCCACAAUCGGACAAAAUGGACGCGGCAGAGAGACAACAUUACAGUUGGGACUUUGGUUGUCCUUAAGGAGGAAAAUUUGCCAGCGUUGAAGUGGCAAUUGGCACGGGUGACAGAGGUUCACCAAGGCUCGGACGGAAAUAUAAGAGUAGUAACCGUUCGGACCAAAGAUGGCAGUUACCAGCGAGCGAUCUCAAAGAUCUGCGUGCUGCCAGUUAGAGAAACUAGUUCAUCUUCAGCAGAGGAAGUCUAG